ACACGAUAUCCGCGGUGAACACGAUUGUUCAAGGUCGUUGGUUUUAAAGAGGUAAUUUUGAACCCAUACCGAGAACCUCGUGCUAUAGUCGCGGUAAUGGGGCUGUGCGAUGCGUUAAGAGGAAACGUGAUUUACGAGACGAUAAGACCUUAUGUUAUGUUAUGCUUGCCAAAUGAUUCAUUGGCUUCAGAGUCGUAUUUUUCUGAAUUGAAGUGUGCAUCUGCCUACUUGGAUUGUACCUAUUUUAUUCUACGUGUUAUCAAUACUGAGUUGUUACAGAUAAAGCGAUCGGCUAAAAUGAAGUCCGACGAUUUUUAUAGAAAUGUAUUAUCCAUAUUUGAUUUACUGCUUAAACCUGAGAAGAAACCAUCAGAAUUUCUGGGCGAACCACCAAAACCAAAAAGUGAUUUAUUUCGGCAUUCAAAACAUUCCCAUCUACGUCAUUAUUUCACUCAAGUAUGGAUAUCGUUUCUAAACAACGAAUUAUCAGAUGACGUACGUCUAGAAUCCGUACGGUAUUUGGGUAAUGGAGGCAUGAAUCGCUUAGCUGAAAUUCGCUUAUUAGCUGAUCACAUUAUACCAAUUUUUGAUCCUGAUCCAGAGAAUAAAUUGUCUCAAACAGAAUUGACAAAAUUUCCAACUAGUUGGUCUCGUGCAGUUUGUCAUGCAGUACUCGGUUUAAUUCAAAAAGGUGAUUUCAAUUAUCCACGUUUGUACAUUCGACUGUAUCGUUUAUUGGAUGAAACUUUGUUUGAAUGUCCAGAUGUUGAACCUUUUCUGAUUGAUUUAGAUGUUUAUUUAAGCUCCAUACAUUUAGCUACCACAGUUGUUGCAUCAUUCAUAAAACGACUUUCUCAAUUAUCUUUAUUUAGUCCAAUUACAAUUACACCUGCAAUACUUUUAAUCAUCUUCAAUGGUUUACAAAAUCAUCCUCAUUGUCGUGUUUUAAUUAACUGUAAACAGAAAAAAUCACAAAAAUUAAAUAAUAUUCAAUCGGAUGAUAAUAGUUUACCAAAUGUGUUCAAUGCACAAUCAAUUGGUGAUCCUUAUAAUUGGGAAGCAGAUAAUUUUGAUUCAUCUAGAGCAUUAGAAAGUAGUCUAUGGGAAGUUUAUGCAUUAAUUGGUCAUUGUUCACCAGAUAUCUCAUCAUUAGCUUAUAAAAUUUGUAAUCCUGAUCCAACGGAUACUUUUAAUUCCUCUGUGGCUGACAUACUUGAUAAACAAAAAAAGGUGAGUUGUAAUUCCUUUUCUAAUAUUUUAACAAUGGUCAAUCAUUUCUAUGUAGUCUAAAUACUCCAACCUGACUGUUUUAUUAACAUUUAUCGAAUUCUGUUUCACUGAAAUACAAGGUGUGGUCGUUCAAAUUAGUAAUUGACUUUUGGUACAUUUGUAUAUGAACGAGCGUUCAAAAUGUUUUUUUUCCUAACAUGAUGAAAUAGAUUUUCAGUUGAAGCAAUUGCUUGUAUUGUCUGAGUUAAAUGGUUCAAUCGUGAUGUGUCCAUUGAAGUUCUGUAUAAAAUCAUCAACUCCUACUUCAUGUAGAAUGAGCAGUUGUAAUCAAGAUGGAAAUAUGGAAUAUCGGAUUCCGGCUCAGUGGUAUGUUUAUGUAACAUCCCACGAAAUUUAUAGCUCCGUCGUUCGAUUUUGAAUAAGAUUAUAAGUGAGAAAUAUUUAACUGGUCCUUGUUUUCAGUAGUUAUCCAAUUGGUUCGAACGUGUGAUGAAAAACUAUCUUCACGUUGACCUAAUCUCCCUGAACCUUUCAACCAUAAAACUGGAAAAUGUUGAAGUGUAAUGCAGUCAGUUUUGGACGACUCAGAAACCUUGACAUCAAAAAUAUUAAAGAAGCAACCCGCUCUGUGAAGGAAGCAUUGUACCUGUUAUCUCAAACUAAUAUUACGAUGCCAGAGUUACCUCCGCUUGAUGGUUGGGCGUAAUUGAUUUUCCUUUUUGGUGCAGAAACGUUUAAGUUUUUAUACAACUUACUAUCUGUGCAAGAAACAUUUUUAAGUAUAAAUAUCUAAUUCUUUUGUAUAAUACCGAACGUUUAUUAAUUCUGUUCAUAUUUUCACCUUUCUACUGUUAUAUCCAGUAGCUUAAUUUCGUGUAAAUGAUGUAUACAUCCUAUGAGUUGUAUUUACAUGAUAAGAUAAUUAUUAAAAUGUUUUUGUAUUUAUUUA